UCUGACACUUUUGACAGAUUCACGAGAUGAAGUGCAGUCGUGAAGAGUGAACUAAAUUUUCAAUUCUUUCAACCGCAAGCAUACUGGACGUGUUUUGGAGAUCGACUUCAACAAAUUUAAGCUUCGUUUAGGGAUUGGAGGUAAUCUCAAGAUGUCCAGUAUGUUGAACCUCUUCGUACGUAGUUUGUCUCGUACGUCUGGCAGGAGUUUAGGUAAAUCUUUUAACAAGGGCAUUAGAGAGGCAAAUGUUGCGCCUGUCAGGCACAAAAGUUCUAGUCAGGGAGAGAAAAUAGUUCGUAAAUAUAGUAUUAAACUAAGUCAGCCUAUUGCUUCGAGAAAUCAUCAAAUUCUCACCCCAAAUAGAUACUUUCAUAAAUCUAGCUCUUGUUGGGAUAUACAAGUCAUCAAAGUUCCACCUUUUGCGGAAUCUGUCACUGAAGGAGAUGCAAGAAUUGAAAAGAAAGUCGGCGACUACGUAGUGGCGGACGAAGUGGUUAUGGAAAUCGAAACCGACAAGACAUCUAUGCCGGUCCACGCUCCCACCGAUGGCAUCAUCGAAGAAUUCCUGGUGAACGAUGGCGACACCGUCAAAGCCGGUCAAAAUCUAUUCAAAUUGAAAGCCGGCGUUGGACCAUCGAAAUCGGCGCCGGCUCCCAAAGCCGAGGCCCCUGCAGCCAAAGCCGCUCCACCGCCGUCACCGCCACCCGCAGCAGCGCCACCUCCAGGUGAGAACGAGAAACAAUACAUGAUGCAAUUCCGCAAACAGCACCAAGAAGCCUUCCAGAAGAAGCACAACCUGAAGCUGGGCUUCAUGUCGGCCUUCCUCAAGGCUUCUGCUUACGCCCUCCAGGACCAACCCGUCGUGAACGCAGUCAUCGACGGCCAAGAGAUCAUCUACAGGGACUACGUUGACAUCUCGGUGGCCGUCGCGACGCCCAAGGGNACAUACAAGAGUUAUCAUAAUGUACAUACCAUUAAACAGGUGGUGAUAAGACCGAUGAUGUACGUGGCGCUGACUUACGACCACAGGCUGAUCGACGGUCGCGAGGCAGUUCUUUUCCUGAGGAAAAUCAAGCAGGGGGUCGAAGAUCCCAGUUCGAUCCUGGCCGGUCUGUGAGCACCAGGCAGAUUUUAAUAAUUUUCGUCAGUAUGUCACAUUACAAUUUUAUCCUUCACAAGUUUAUUUCGCAAGAGGGCAAUUUUAAAUUCGGCGCCGGACAGAAGAAUAUUGUAUCAACGACUCGUGAUGUUUUUUGAUGAAUUUGAGUUUUGAUAUCUACCAGACAGCCUUUCGGGGCGGUUACUCUUGAUUACAGAGACUGUUUUCUGGCAUAUUCCCGCUAUUGAAGCUGAUCGAAUUUCGUCUCCACACUUCGAUUUCGUUUGCAAUAUUCUCAACUAUAUUAUUAUUCCCAAUUGUUUCUCGGUCAAAGAAAAAUUCGAACACGACCAGGAACUGUAAAGCUUCAACUGUAAACUAGGGUGGAUUUCGUGAAAAUUUACAUGGGGUGUCCAAAACGUGGGUCGCAUCUGUGCCUGGUUGAUAUUAUUUAGGUGUGCUGUAUACCGAAGGUGGAAAUUCUUAUAUUAUUUAUUGUUGACUAUUCAAUUUGUAAUUAUACUUUUUUCCUUAGAA